AUGCCCAACACACAUCUAAAUCGCAAGCCUACCAAAGGCUACGCCGGUCGUGGCGGCAAAAAGGCCUUUCAUGGCAGAAAAACACAAACUUUUGCCGCCACGUCGCGCGCAGAAGGCACAUCAGCAGACGAGAAGGCUGAACGCGCCGCCCUCGCCCAAAGCAUUGACGAGUCCAUGGGCUUUGCCCGCUACGAGUCCGGCCGCAAGAAGGAGGGUUGGCUAGUCAAUGUGCAACCCACGACCGUCGCACUCUCCGAAUCCGACGGCGGACGAGCUGCGCUGGAUUGCUACUUCAUCGAAGAAGACGGGCAGACCUUCAAAGCGACUGUCGAGUACGAACCAUACUUUCUAAUCGCAGUGCGGAAAGGCCACGAAAGCGAGGUAGAGGAAUGGGUGAAACGAGUGCCUGGUGGCGGCGUGGUCAAGGGCGUCAAGAGGAUCGACAAGGAGGACUUGAGUAUGCCCAACCAUCUCUUGGGGUAUCGAAGGACAUUUCUAGAACUCCGCUUCCGAAAUGUCAACGAUUUGAUGUCUGCAAGGAAGGAUAUAAUGCCUGUGGCUGAGAAGAACCGGAAAGCCAUGGGCACUGUAGAUGUAUAUGCAGAGGUUGCCGCAGAACAAGCGGGAUUUGACCUCUUUGAUGAUUCACGAGACGACGAUAAACGACAUAAUGCUUCUUUCGCCGAUGCGAGCGACUACAUUGUCGACAUCAGGGAAUUUGAUGUUCCCUACCAUGUAAGAGUAAUGAUAGAUAUGGAUAUUAGAGCCGGAAAAUGGUAUUUCGUCGAGGCGAAACACGGCAUCACAACAAUAAAGCUGAACGAGGAACGUCUGGCACCCGCAGAUCCAGUGGUCAUGGCCUUUGAUAUCGAAACGACGAAACUUCCACUCAAGUUCCCCGACGCCGCGAUUGACCAGAUCAUGAUGAUUUCGUACAUGAUCGAUGGCCAGGGUUUUCUCAUCACGAACCGGGAGAUUGUGUCAGAGGACAUUGCCGACUUCGAGUACACACCCAAACCAGAAUACGCCGGUCCAUUUAUGAUUUUCAACGAGCCAGAUGAAAAGGCAGUCAUAGAGCGUUUCUUCUUACACAUCAAAGAGGCAAGGCCAACAGUCAUUGCGACCUACAACGGAGACUUUUUCGAUUGGCCAUUCGUGGAAGCCCGUGCCAGUGUCAAUGGUAUCGACAUGUACCGGGAAAUCGGAUGGAAAAAAGACAGUGAAGACAUCUACAAGUGCACAUAUGGCGUACAUAUGGAUUGUUUCGCUUGGGUCAACCGUGAUUCCUACCUGCCGCAAGGAAGUCGCGGUCUGAAAGCAGUCACAGUAGCCAAGCUCGGCUACGACCCAGAUGAGCUUGAUCCCGAGUUGAUGACUCCGUACGCCGCCGAGAGACCCCAGACGCUGGCCGAAUACUCCGUCUCCGAUGCUGUUGCGACCUAUUACCUGUACAUGAAGUAUAUCCACCCCUUCAUCUUCUCCUUGUGUACAAUCUUGCCUCUGGGAGGUGAUGACGUGCUGCGCAAGGGAACCGGUACCUUGUGCGAGAUGCUGCUCAUGGUGCAAGCCUAUCAGCAAGAAAUUGUACUGCCGAAUAAGCAUGUUGCUCCCAAAGAGUCAUUUUGGGAUGGUCAUCUUCUCGAUGCGGAAACCUACGUGGGUGGACACGUCGAAAGUAUUGAAGCCGGAGUCUUCCGUGCUGAUAUACCAGAGAACUUUGCCGUGGACACUGGCGCAGUAGAUGAGCUUCUCCGGGAUCUUGAUGCUGCCCUCAAGUUCAGUAUCACCGUUGAAGAGAAGAAGUCAUUGGACGACGUUGUUAACUACGAGGAAGUCAAGGAGCAGAUUGCCGCUCGUCUCAAUCAAUUAAAGGAAACACCCAACCGGAGUGAGAGGCCUCUCAUAUACCAUUUGGACGUUGCUUCCAUGUAUCCGAACAUCAUGACGACGAACCGGUUACAGCCAGAUUCCAUGAUCCAGGAGUCUGACUGUGCCGCCUGCGAUUUUAACCGUCCAGGAAAGACCUGCGACAGAAGGAUGCCGUGGGCUUGGAGGGGCGAGUAUCUUCCUGCCAAGCGAGACGAAUACAACAUGAUUCGGCAUGCUCUGGAAAACGAAAAGUUUCCUGGCAAAUACCCCAAGUCGCCAAUGAGGACGUUUCAAGAGCUAUCAGAAGAUGAAAGAGCCGCUCUUGUGCGGAAACGUUUGCAGAAUUUCAGUCAAAAGGUUUACCACAAGAUUCGUGACCAAACUACAAUCGUCCGCGAAGCCAUCAUCUGUCAGAGAGAAAAUCCAUUCUACAUCAACACAGUCCGAGAUUUCAGAGAUCGUCGCUACGACUACAAGGGCAAAGCAAAGGUGUGGAAGGGUAAAACUGACAGCUUGAAGUCUGCUGGCGCGCCCUCAUCAGAAGUUGACAAUGCAAAGAAGAUGAUUGUCUUGUUUGACUCUUUGCAGCUUGCACACAAGGUCAUUCUCAAUUCCUUCUACGGAUAUGUCAUGCGCAAGGGAUCUCGGUGGUAUUCCAUGGAAAUGGCUGGCGUGACCUGUCUGACGGGUGCCACCAUUAUUCAGCUGGCUAGACAACUUGUCGAGCGUCUCGGUCGGCCACUGGAACUGGACACUGACGGUAUUUGGUGCAUGUUGCCGGCCACAUUUCCAGAGAACUUUGCCUUCAAGCUCAAGAACGGCAAGAAGCUGGUCAUUUCCUACCCUUGUGUGAUGUUGAAUCAUCUUGUUCACGACAAAUUCACGAAUCACCAGUACCAAACUUUGGUAGAUCAAAAGACGUUCAAGUACGAAACACACAGUGACAACUCCAUCUUCUUCGAGGUCGAUGGCCCCUACAAGGCUAUGGUUUUGCCAACAUCCAAAGAGGAAGACAAGAACUUGAAGAAGCGUUAUGCUGUCUUCAACGACGAUGGAAGUCUGGCUGAACUCAAGGGCUUCGAGGUCAAGCGACGUGGUGAGCUGAAGCUCAUCAAGAUCUUCCAACAGCAAAUUUUCAAAUUCUUCCUCGAGGGUACCACACUGGCCGAAUGUUACGCUGCAGUUGCCAAGGUUGCCAAUCGGUGGUUGGAUGUACUACACAGCAAAGGUUCCACCCUGGCCGAUGAGGAACUAGUUGAUCUCAUUUGUGAGAAUCGAAGCAUGUCAAAGACCCUCGAAGAGUACGGCAACCAGAAGUCGACAUCUAUCACGACCGCCAAGCGUCUUGCCGAGUUCUUGGGUGAGCAGAUGGUGAAAGACAAAGGUCUCAAUUGCAAGUACAUCAUUUGUGCCAAACCAAGAAAUGCACCCGUUACAGAGCGAGCUGUGCCGGUAGCCAUCUUCUCUUCCGACACCGAUAUCAAGAGGCGGUAUUUGACAAAAUGGCUGAAGGAAGAGCCUACAGACAUGGACCCCAGAGCUCUCCUUGACUGGGAUUACUAUCUUGAACGUCUUGGGUCUGUCAUCCAGAAGCUGAUCACAAUUCCCGCCGCGCUACAGAAAGUCCGCAAUCCUGUACCUCGUGUACCGCACCCGGACUGGCUACAACGGCGAAUCAACAUCAAAGACGACAAGAUGAAGCAGAAAAAGAUGACCGACAUGUUUGCUAGCAAGGGGCCUUUGGAAGAUAUUACGAAUAUUUCUGGGUCCCGGCUGGACGAUGUUGAGGAUUUCGGAACCAAGCUUCUCAAGCCCAAAAGUACCACAGCGGUCAUCAACUCGUCUCAAGUCGCACCAGCCGCGCAGAAGAGGAAGUCUCCUGAGCCUGAGAAGGAUAAUACCGAUCCAUUUGCAGCUCUACCCAAAGUGAUGCCUAGCCCGUCCGAAGAUUACCCAGCCUUUCUCGAGUACCAGAAGCAAAAGUGGAAAAUCCAGAAAGCUGCUCGCAUCAGACGCCGCCAUCUGUUCGGUGAGCGCCGCGGCAAUGUGGGAAGCAACAUUCAACAGACAUUCCGCAAUCAGGCUGAAGUAACAUUCAGAAGCACAUGGCAGCUCCUGCAAUUGAAGAACACUGACAAUCCCGGUGUCGUCAUGGCUUACGUCCUCAUUGACGCCAAGAUUCAUAUGCUCAAGAUCAAGGUACCACGCACUGUCUUUCUCAACCUCAAAGGCAAGGAUCUCCCCGAGAUUGAAGUCGCUGGAUGCGAAGCAGAGCAAGUCAAUCAUACGCUGCCCAACGGCCAUUCUUCAACGCACUUGUUCAAGCUUACCGUGCCCGAAGAGAUUUAUUUUGCCGAAGCAGACAAGUUCUCAUUACUGUUCAAUCACCCCAGUGUUGAAGGCGUGUACGAGAAACAAGUCCCAUUGAGCAUUCGUGCCGUCUUACAACUUGGAAAUUUGGCGACGAUCGACGAAAGUCAAGCUGGUGUUUUGGGCAAGGGUUUGGAGCAAGGAUUUGACCUGGGUAGCUUGAAGAGACCACUCAAGCCCAAGGCAUAUCUCGACACCAAUCCGCUAGCCUACUUGUACAUCUCGCACAUCACCUCGGGUGAAAGACAGAUCUUUGGACUCUUUUCAUCCACUGGCGAUCAGGCUCAUAUCGUCAUCUUGCAGAAGAACAAGGAUGCCGGCACUGAUCUUCCGAAUGUUGGAAGAAUAUACAAUGAGUUGCUCACCAAACGUAUGACGGACGGUCAAGGCACGAACUGGCAAGACUGCUUCAGCUACCAAAGCACGCUGAGCUUCAAGGUUACUCAAGUCACGACUCGCAGGAAAGCGCACCUUGAGAUUGGAGAUUUGAUCAAGAAGAUGAGGAAAGACGAGCUCCGACCACAGAUGCUGGUUCUUCAGUCCUCGCAGCGGAGUCAACUAGUGCAUGAUGUCCCCGUGCUGGCAGAUUUUCCUAUUCUGCCACUCAAGUAUGACCAGGCGGACAGUGCACUGCCGCCGCUGGGAUGGCAGUCAGUUAUUGCGAAGCGAUUAGUGACUCAUUAUCUUAAUCUUGGCUCCUGGAUCCUCCACCUCACAGCUCUCGCCCGCUACGGCGACAUUCCCCUCUGCAACUUGGAGCGCGAUGACCCUCGCUUCCUCAUCGAUGUUGCUUAUGCGCGUCGCCUCCAGACCAACAAUGUUGUCUUGUGGUGGUCUCCCGCACCACGGCCCGAUCAUGCCGGUUAUGAACAGGAUGAUGUGACGGGGCCACUCGACACUGUUGCCAUGCCAUCCGUCAACAACCCGGGAACUUAUGCCUCGGUAUGCAUCGACUUGGAUGUUCGCAAUUUGGCCAUCAACACCAUCCUGACGUCUUCACUGAUCAAUGAGCUCGAGGGUGCCGAUUCCAUAUCAUUCAAUCCUGCAGCAGACUCCAGUGGUGGUGACGGUUCAGAGACACUGUACUCUGAGAACGCCUUUGCAAACGCUGGCGUCCUCGUGUUGCGUGAGAUGGUCAAGUCAUGGUGGGCAGAAGCCUGCAAAGGAAGUCCAAUGGCCGAUAUCCUGGUGCAACAUCUGGUUCGAUGGGUAGAAUCGCCCGACAGUUUCAUGUACGAUCGAGCCUUGCAUUACUACGUACAGAUGAUGUCACGCAAGGCACUCCUUCAACUCAUGGCCGACUUCCGGCGUGUUGGUUCACAAGUCGUAUUUGCCAACUCCAACCGCCUUUUGCUGCAGACUACCAAAAGCGAGGUCGGUAACGCUUAUGCCUACAGCCAGUACAUCCUCAAGAGCAUCAAGGGGAAACCCCUUUUCCACUUCAUCGAUCUUACGGUCAAGGAAUACUGGGAUUACCUCGUUUGGUACGAUGAGUUCAACUAUGGCGGAAAGGCGUGCCAGGAGGUUGUUGAGGCUGAAACUCAAGCCCUCGAGGUUGUCAUGAAUUGGCAACUCAAGAUGUUCUUGCCUAUUCGUCUUCAAGACACUUUCCAAAAAUGGGUCGUCGAGUUCAUUGAGACCAUGCAUGCACUGAAGCGAGGGCCUUCCAAUCCCGACUCCACACCUCGUUCAACACAGCUGCCAUUCAAGAGUCUUACUCAAGUAGAUGUUGAUGACGAAGGCCGAGCACCCAUCAUUCUUACCGGCGCUUUUGAAAAGCCACUGAAGAAGGAGAUCAAGAGCCUUUUGGCGACCCAAGGACGCGAGCUGUUACAUGCAGAGCUCGCAUCCGACUGGUCUUUCCCCUCUCUCCCUGGCAGUCAGGAUCUCAUUACGACUUCUACAAGUGCAAAGAACAAGAAAACAACUGCCCUCCCUACAAAGAAUGCAGUCUUGGAACUAGUCAAGUCUCUAAUGCAAGUCCUCUCACUCGACAAGAAUAUCACGAACGAAGCACGACUUCUGCGCAAGGAGCUUCUGACACUGUUUGAUGUUCGCGAGUUCUCCAAAGAAGCCGCCUUCAACAAUCCCAGUGCCAGCCUCAAAGUUCCCCAGUGGAGCUGCCCUGAAUGCACCCUUGCUCGAGACUGGGACCUGUGUCGCGAUGAGGUUCUGCUUCCAGAUAUGGAAGCAAUCAUGAGCGCUUUGCCAGCAGAUGCCACUACUGAGCAAAUUCAAGCGGAAUUGAAGAGAGCAGCCACGAGCAAGCCAUGGACUUGCGAAUACUGUGAUGCCGAGUUUGACAGACUGCGUAUCGAAGAGAGACUGAUGGGUGAUGUCGAGAGAUUUGUGAUUGAGUGGUCCACUCAGGACAUCAAGUGUGCCAGAUGUGGUGGUGUAAAGUUGAAUGAGUUUGCCGAGCAUUGUACAUGCUCGGGACCUUGGACAGAGAGUGUCAAGCGUGAUGAACUGGUCAAGAAGCUGGGAGUGUACAAAGGCGUUGCCGAGUGGUAUGGAUUGAGGAUGCUGGGAGAGGCUGUUGGGGAGAUUUGGGGUUGCCUGUAA